UUUAUUUGCGUUGCAUUAAAAAUGCUGCUGCAUUUGCAAAAUUUCGAGUCGAGGCCUGUGCCGCGGCGUCUCAUGGGAGAGAGUAUGCAAAAGAAGCUUUGGCUUGGCCCCGCCCAGGCAGCCCGGACGGAGGGGAGGGCAGGGAAGUGCGGAGGGGCCGAUUGGUAGGCGGGGCCGUUCCUUCAGCGUCCCAGGAUUCCCCGCGGGCGGAGCCGUCUAGUCAGCAGGGCCGCGGUCGCGGCGGCGGAGGGGGCGAAUGGCGGCCUGUAAGCGCCCGUGAGGAGGCGGUGGCGCGGCCGGAGGAGGAGAAGCGGCGGCGGCCGGAACUCGGGGCAGGGGCGAGAGCGAGGGCGAGCACCCGGCGGGAGCGCUGCGGCCCGGAAGGGGCCCAAUGGCGGCUGGGCCGCCGCCUCCCGGAGUCCCGGCCUGUUAGCGCCUCGGCGGCCCAGCGCAGGAUGUCGGAGAACCCGCCGCCGCCCCCGCCCGGCCCGGGAACGCCCCGGGAGGCGGCCCUGCCAACUCGGCCGGCGGGGCCGGGGCCGGGCCCGGGGGGGCGGCGGGGAGGCGGCGGGGCCGGAACCCCCCGCGGGGCGCGCACCCCCAACCUCAACCCCAACCCCAACCCGCUCAUUAACGUGCGCGACCGCCUCUUCCACGCGCUCUUCUUCAAGAUGGCCGUGACCUACUCGCGCCUCUUCCCGCCUGCCUUCCGCCGAGUCUUCGAGUUCUUCGUGCUGCUCAAGGCACUCUUUGUGCUUUUCAUUCUGGCCUACAUCCACAUUGCCUUCUCGCGCACCCCUAUUAAUUGUUUGGAGCAUGUGCGAGACAAGUGGCCCAGAGAUGGCAUCCUUCGAGUAGAAAUUCAGCACAACUCCAGCCGAGCUCCCAUCUUCCUCCAGUUUUGUGAUGCAGAGAGCUUCCCGGGCAUGGUGAUAGAGUCUGAGGAGGAAGAAGAGGAGGAGGAAGAAGAUGAAAUGACAGUAGAGAUGUUUGAGAACAGCUCAGUCAAGUUUGAGCUGGACAUUGAACCAAAGGUGUUCCUGAAGCCUUCCCGGGUGAGCAACCCUGAAGCAUUGACCCAGAUGGCCAAGAACCAAAGCCAGGAGCUUUCCUUCACUGAGGCGACGACUAAAGUAUGGCCCCAAGAAGAGUACAUAGUGGAGUACUCCCUGGAGUAUGGGUUUUUACGAUUGUCUCAGAGCACUCGGCAGCGCCUCAGCAUCCCGGUCAUGGUGGUGACGCUGGACCCUACGAGGGAUCAGUGCUUUGGAGAUCGAUUUAGCCGUUUGCUCCUGGAUGAAUUCUUGGGUUAUGAUGAUGUUUUGAUGUCCAGCGUGAAAGCCCUGGCGGAAAACGAAGAGAACAAGGGUUUCCUGCGCAAUGUUGUAUCUGGGGAGCAUUAUCGCUUUGUCAGCAUGUGGAUGGCGAGAACUUCCUACCUGGCUGCCUUUGUCAUUAUGGUCAUAUUUACUCUGUCGGUCUCAAUGCUCCUGCGGUAUUCGCACCACCAGAUUUUCGUCUUCAUUGUGGACCUCCUACAGAUGUUGGAAAUGAACAUGACGAUCGCCUUCCCCGCCGCGCCCUUGCUUACAGUGAUUUUGGCUCUUGUCGGUAUGGAAGCCAUCAUGUCUGAAUUCUUCAAUGACACCACAACAGCGUUCUAUAUCAUCCUCAUCGUGUGGCUGGCUGACCAGUAUGAUGCCAUCUGCUGCCACACCAACACCAGUAAGAGGCACUGGCUGAGGUUCUUCUACUUGUACCACUUUGCCUUUUAUGCCUAUCACUACCGAUUCAAUGGCCAGUACAGCAGUUUGGCCCUGGUCACUUCUUGGCUCUUCAUCCAGCAUUCCAUGAUCUACUUUUUUCAUCAUUUUGAGUUGCCGGCCAUCCUCCAGCAGAUCCGCAUUCAGGAGAUGUUGUUGCAGAACCAGCAGAUUGGCCAGGGCACGCAGACGGCCCUGCAGGACAAUCUCAACAACAACACUGCAGGCGCAGCUGUGGCCCCUGGGAGCCCCGGGCCCUCUCUCACAAUGGGAGCGGCAGCCGGCCAGCCCCCGGGGAGGGCCGGCCCCACCUCUGCCUCAGAAGGGGGUGAACUGAACUGGAUGGCUGAGACAGCCACUAUCUUCACGGACCCUUCAUUUCUCUCUGAUCUGAGUGCCUCCCUCCUAGAGCAGAGAGCAGGACCUGGAGCCCUGGCCAAUGGAAGUCCCCCUAAUGUCCCAGCUGCUACCACCUCCCCCGGCCUAGUUGCCCAGAUCCGAGUUAGUGAGAGCCCUGGGGCCACCACUGGCUCCAUCACCAUUGAAGUGACAUCAGCAACACUGGUAACCCCACAGGCAGAAGGUACAACCCCGGAGCUUCCUGCCUCUCCUCCGGCCCACACUACUGGCACCCCGGAGCCUCCUGCCUCUUCUCCAGCCCACACCACUGGCACCCGUGAGUCUCCUGCCUCCCCUCCAGCCCACACCACUGGCAUCUCUGAGCCAGCUGCUUCCCUUGCUGAUCAGACUAGGGCCAGUUCACUCUCACUUGGUGGCCAGGACGUUGUCAGUUUUUCUGAGAGCGUCUCCAAGGUCCUUGCCCAAGGCCCCACCUCAGACAGGUGUGUCACCCCAGAUCUUCAGGCCACACAGGAGAGUCAUCCCUGCUCCAAAGACAAUGGUGCCCUCCCAGCCAUGCUUUCAGAAGCAGAGUUUAGGAGUCCCUCGUGAGCACUUUUGCUGAUCCUUGAUAGGGCAGAGGGAAUCUCUCUGUUCCUGUCAGACACUGGCUCUUUUUCUUCCCCAACCAGAUUCAGAUGAAUUUUUAAAAUUAUUUUUAAAUACACUGAGUGAAGGCAGCUUCAGGGAGAGCAGCCUUCCAGAGGCACGGGCCUUACUCACCAAGGGCAAUUGGUCCCAGCUCUGUGUCCCCCCGGGCUCCAUGGGAAGAUGUGUAACCUAAUGUCGGUAGUCUCCAGAGCAGCUGGUUUCUUUGCCCAACUCCUGGCCUAAACCUGUGGGCUUCCUUGCACCACUACCCUUGGGUUUCUUUUUCCCCUCCAAACAAUUCCUCCUCUCCUCGUCCGGGAUUUGUGCUGCUGCCUCCCCUUCUGGGUGCCAGGCCUUGUUGGAGCCCAGGAUGGAAUUUCCCCAUCUCCUUGCUUUGUGCAGACAUGUCCUAAUUUCUGGUGAUUUUGACUCUUCUCUCCUCCUGGGGCAUGAGGACCUUUUUCCAUGAGAGAACCCUUUUUUUCCCCUUUGACUAGAGGAGACCUGGAGGGAAACCACUCUACUCAGCCUCUGUUUGGGAAUGGUUUGAAUGGGGUUCUGUGCACCACCAAGUACUCACUGUGUUCUCAGUCCUCUGAGGCAGCAAGAGCUAGGGCUGUGGGGUGGGGUGGGGAGAAGGCAGUGAGAAGCUGCUCUGUAAGAGCCUUGUGAAGUUGGGUGAUGCAGAGCCAAAGCCUGUGUGGGGCAGGGUCCCAGGGUCCCUAGUACAGAGCAGUCAGAGUGUCAGGAGGGAGGUGGAGUCGCACCUCUCCAUGGGUAGGAGCAUCUCUGGCAGCCCCUCUUUUACCCCUCCCACUCCAGGUUGGCCUCCUUCUACAGCCCAGGGCAAACAACGAUGCUGUUAGUUGAGGGUUGGUUUGGCUAGGAGUGAAAUGCAUGUGGUGGGCAGAAGGAUGGAGCGAAUGGCCCACAGCUGGUGAAGGCCAGCCAUCAGCUGGCACAGACAUGCAGGACCACAGAAGAGAGAGUAGGAGUGAGGCCUUCAGUAUGAUAGCCUGCUGGGUUCUUCUCUUCCCUCUCCAUCCCUCCACAGGGGUUUCUGCCUGGUGCUUGGAGUUCAGUGCCUUUUCUUGGGCCUGGAGUAUGGCUUACUCUCCCUCCCUCCUUCUGGCCAGAGCUUUGACUUUCCUGCUGACUCUUAAGGAGGAGGUCUGGGAGAGUCCUGUGGAAGGUAGUGGUGGGUGCAGUGUGAGCCUGGAUUCUACCCAGUGGGAAGCAGCGUGGUACCCACAGGCCACUUCUUAGCUCUCUUGGUUGGCUGGGGAGUACCUGCUCCGCUCACUGACUCAGGUGCUCCCACAUAGAGGGAUUGCUUCCAGGCAGCUGGAAGUGGACAGUAGAGGGAAAUGACUGUGCCUCUUCUAACUCUGAGAGGAAUCUGUAGAGCUGCCUGAGGAGAGUGUGUUUUGUGUGUGUCUAAUACACACACACACACACACACACACAUACACAUACAUACAUAUACACACACAUACAUACAUAUACAUAUAUGCGCAGAGCUCUGGUAUGAAGGAAGGGGAGAAGGCAGUCCCCAGAUGUGUAGAACUGAGCACCAUGUGAAGCCACUGAGUGACACCCAUAAGGAAUCUUGUUCAUUAGAGGCAGGAUUUUUGACUUUAGGUAUCCCCACAUAUCCUGUUCCCCACCCUGUACCUGGUUACAAAGCUGCACCUGGUGAAAUGUUCCAUUUAUAGGGGAAAUUGUACAAGUAGGUAUUAUGGCCCCAGGAACUGUGAGAAUUCAGUGGGAAAGCUGAUGAUCUCCUGGCUCAGGAAAUGGAUUUAAACAGUUUCUGGGUCCCAGCCCCUACCAGUCAAAAGGAAUGAAAGAUUAUGGGGAGUGAGAAGACAAUCCCUUGCCCAAACCCUCCUUUUGCUACCAUGAGCAGAUUUGGAAAUCUGACUUGCUCUGUCUGGGCCUUUGGGCAAGAGCUUUGGAAGAUGAGUCCGGAGGCUGAGUAAAUCAACCAAAUCACUUGGUGAGGAAUGAAGAAUAAAAAAUUCAUUCCAUUCUAUUUAAUUGUAAUGUACAAAAAUUGUGUUUGUAUAUAUAAUAAAUAGUCUAUCUAACAA